UCUGGCGGAACUAACUCUGCGUGCGGUGUUUCUGAUGGGACGGGUUUUCGUGCCGGACCCGCGCACACGCUGUUGUUACCGUGAAGUGUGUUCGUCUCCCUGCUCCGCAUCAUGCCGACCGACACCAAACGUGUUCGCGGCCCGGAGGCGUCCCAGAGCCCGUCUCUGUUCGUGAGCAAGCCCGCGGCUGCUGCCUCUCCGGCCCUCGGCCCCCGAGCGGACGGCCGGCGCUGGGAUCAGGUGGACGUCCGGCCCGUGUUCGUGCGGUGCGGGCUGGUGAGCCAGGCCAAGGGCUCCGCGUACAUGGAGGCUGGAAGCACCAAGCUGCUGUGCUGCGUGUACGGCCCCAAAGAGACCGAGAGGAAGGACGAGACCGACAUGAAGUGUGGAAGAUUAACAACUGACAUGCGUUUCGCUCCGUUUUCCUGCCCAGAGAGGGGCUCUUGGAUUCAGGGGAGCCAGGAUAAAGACUUAUCCCAGAUGUUGCAUGAGAGUCUGCAGCCGGCGGUGUGCCUCCAGAAAUACCCCCGCUCUCAGAUCGACGUCAACGUGAUGGUUCUCGAGAACAGCGGCUCAGUUCUGGCCCAUGCGGUCACGUGCGCUUCCCUCGCUCUCGCAGACGCAGGGAUUGAAAUGUACGAUCUGGUGCUCGGCUGUUCCAUCCGGCAGGACGGCGACUCUUAUGUGGUCGACCCGUCUUACACGGAGCAGAACAGCUGCAGCUCGGUCAACAGCGAGAAUCAGGGAAAUCUGACUGUUGCUUUCCUCCCGAGCCUGAACCAGAUUUCUGGGUUGCAGUCGGAUGGAGAAAUGACUGAAGAGACUCUGACGGCAGGAGUUCGGACCUGCAUCGAGGGAUGUUACAAACUGUACCCGGUCAUCCAAAAGGCUCUGGCCAAGGCUGUACGCAGGGCUGCCCCCCCACCAUCAGAGAGCUGAGAGACUCAUUAUCCAUCAACUGCUUGGUUCAUAGUUUUUGAUAUUUACUGCUGGAGCACACAUUUGAAAAUUAGAUUGACCUUGUGGGAUAUUUUCUGAAUGUUUUGUCAUGAUGUAAAAAUACUAAGUGAAAAAACAACAAGAAAAUAAACACAUUCUUUUGCAAAUUCAAA